GCUGGUUGUUUGUUUUGGGGUAUCUUUCGCACCAGCUCUACUCCGGCCAAUUAGCUCAAGAGAAAAAUUGAUCACAUUGUUUCUCUGGCAUUAAAGCAUCACGAAAAGAUGAAAAGAUCACCAAUUUGGAUUCUGGCACUGCUCCUGAUGCUCGAGGCAAUCUGCAAAACUUCUGCGGCUGGUGAGGUCCACGAGAUCACCAGUUGGGUUUCCAAAGAAAACAACGCCAUCGACUGGUCUACGAUGAAGUUUCUAAGAGAUUUUCAGCCAAGCCAUGAUAUUGAAGAUCACUACGUCUGUCAUGUCGGCUGUUUGCACCUCUCACUUUCCAGAGUCGCCGGAAGCAAGAUCAAACUGGUCAAUAAGGGCGACACAUCCUUCCAAUACGCGGUGCAAGACAUGCUUACCAAGCGUUGGAUCUGGGAAGAGACCAUCGCCCCGGAUGAUGUCCACAUCUUUGCAACAACUCAUGUCCAAUUUUAUCUCAUCAAUCAUCCUUACUAUUAA